CUGACUUCAAGGCUCCUUCCAAGGGAGACAAUUCCUAGCUCUUUCACAAGUCCUUAAAACAACUUAGAAGUAAGGCCAAUCAACCAGAGGGAAGUACACUCUUUUAAAAUACUGUGGUGUCACCUGCCAGGUGAGUCCUAGGGGUGUAGGCACCUCAAGGCAGGUGGGGUGGUCCAGGGCUAUCCUCCUCCUGCCCCCACCGUGCACUCAGAAUCACACAAUCUGCCUCUCGUGCAAAGCUCAGCACCCAAGUAGAGGAAAGGAGGGGAAGAGCAUCAUGUGACAGUCUCCAUGGUAGUUGGGAGAGGUGGGCCCCACUUUGGGGGUACUCCGCCUACCCUCUGGACCCUCGGCACAUGAGAAGACAACUCAGCAGAUGUCCCUGCAGAUGCUCUGCAGAAAUGAAUGGAAAUCUGAGUCAAGUUUAUGCUUCUCAGGGAGUAGGUACCAAUCCAGGGGCCCUGCUAUGAAUGCUCAUUGUACACCUUGUGGCCACUGGCCAGGGCCAGCUCUUCCCCCUGGUGAUCCAAACUCCAGCAUCUGGCAUGUAGUCCUCCACCGAUGACAUUCCACCCGAGUUUGGGUUCAACAUGAAACUCACGGGGUUUCCUCCAAGCACCCUACUCUAAAGCACCUCUUCUUGUCCUCAAAGGGCUUGCCGUAGCUCCGAUCCUUCAUUCGGGUCUGGAAAAACCUAUCGUGACCCAGUGUAGACCCCAGAACUACUUUGUGAAGUAGGUGUGGAUGCCACUUCACUGUUUGGAUGAGGAAAUUGGGGCACAGAGAAGUGACAUCACUUGUCCAAGAUCACAUAGCUUGUUGGUGGCAGAAUGGUGACAUUUGCCAGGGCUGUGUGUCUCCAAGAUCUGGGUCCUUUGCCCCUUCACCAUCCACUGACUCAUUAAAUGUGCCUGUGCCAUGCCCAAGGUGUGCCAGUCUGGUCAACGAGCAGCCAGACAGAAGGGGCCCAUGAAAGGAACCCUCCCGACUCCCAGAGACCGCCUGCUCCAGCAUGCCCCGGUGCAAACUUGCCCUUCCCGGCAUCCCUAGCUCGCGCCCUGGUCCCUGGCCAUGCUUUUCUGCUCUCUCUUGUAGGUAGCUGCCUCCCAGGGUUCCUCACCUCGGCCCUGACAGCCACCUUUGCCCAGACUUCAACAAGGCCGGACUCUCCGAACCUGCUUCCGCAAUGGGUAAUGAGGAGCUGUGGGCCCAGCCAGCCUUGGAGAUGCCGAAGAGACGGGACAUCCUGGCGAUCAUCCUCAUUGUGCUGCCCUGGACGCUGCUCAUCACCGUCUGGCACCAGAGUACCAUUGCACCCCUCCUCACUGUGCACAAGGGUGAGCCCUGCCCCAGGCCUCUGCGCUUCCACGAUGACGGCAGUGACACGAAGCGCACCAGCCCGGGCACGGACCCCAGAGAGUACUGCAUGUCAGACCGCGACAUCGUGGAGGUGGUGCGAACUGAGUACGUGUACACACGGCCCCCGCCCUGGUCGGACACGCUGCCCACCAUCCACGUGGUCACGCCCACCUACAGCCGCCCGGUGCAGAAGGCGGAGCUGACCCGCAUGGCCAACACGCUGCUGCACGUGCCCAACCUGCACUGGCUGGUGGUGGAGGACGCGCCCCGGCGCACACCGCUGACGGCCCGUCUGCUGCGGGACACGGGCCUCAACUACACGCAUCUGCACGUGGAGACCCCCCGCAACUACAAGCUGCGUGGCGACGCCCGGGACCCCCGCAUCCCGCGCGGCACCAUGCAGCGCAACCUGGCCCUGCGCUGGUUACGCGAGACCUUCCCCCGCAACUGCAGCCAGCCGGGCGUCGUCUAUUUUGCGGACGAUGACAACACCUACAGCCUGGAGCUCUUCGAGGAGAUGCGAAGCACCCGGAGGGUGUCUGUGUGGCCAGUUGCCUUUGUGGGUGGCCUCCGGUAUGAGGCCCCACGGGUGAACGGAGCCGGAAAGGUGGUUGGCUGGAAGACCGUGUUUGAUCCUCACCGACCGUUUGCCAUAGACAUGGCUGGAUUUGCUGUCAACCUGCGGCUUAUUCUGCAGCGAAGCCAGGCCUACUUCAAACUGCGUGGUGUCAAGGGAGGCUACCAGGAAAGCAGCCUCCUUCGAGAACUUGUCACCCUCAGUGACCUGGAGCCCAAGGCGGCCAACUGCACCAAGAUCCUGGUGUGGCAUACACGAACAGAAAAGCCAGUGCUGGUGAAUGAGGGGAAGAAAGGCUUCACGGACCCCAGCAUGGAGAUCUGACCACGGGACAGGAGCCUCCUCCUCAGAGCCCAGUCUUGGCCUGCCACCCUCUCCCGCUGCUGACGGGCCCUCCAAGGCUAACUCUUAAGGAUUCACCAUCACUUUCCUUGCUAAGUUGAGGGCUUCCGAGAGAGCCAGCCUAUAGCCAGGAUGAAGGACAGACAAAAUUAAAGCACAGAACCCCAAACCUGUUGUUCUCUUCCAUCCGACAUGACCAAGGGCCCAAGAGACUCCAGAGGCAGGAGCACAGAGGCAUGACAGCCAGGUCCCAGCAGGCCCUUUGAAGAGGCCAUGCGAACAACGCUGCUGCAGCUCCAGCCCCAUCAUGGGGGCUGAGGAGUGAGAGCACACUUGGCGCCUGGCUCCCUGCUUCAGCCCAGCGGCCAUCCUGCACCUCCGCCCGAGAGCUCAGCUCAGAAGAGAGCAGAGCAGCCAUGGGCAAAAAGGACAUGUGGCCACUCCCACUUCAUUCCUCUUCUGGAGGGCUGCACUCCAAGCAGACAUACCUCCUGCUUUUACUUUGGUUCAUGUUUACAGAAUUGGCCGUCUGGGAUCCCAACAGACUCUGCAUGGGGGCCUGGGCCUGCGGACAGGCUCCGUGUGCCUCGGGCUGUGGCGGGAGCAGAGGCCUUUCCUCUGGCUCCACAUCCCCCAGCCUUCUCCUCCAGCACCAGGAUGAAGUGGGCACUGGAGCCAGCACAGGUCACUGACGGGACUUGGACUAAAGGAGAAAAAGCAUGUGUGACCCACUGUCCACAGCACUGCCUCCCUGUCCCCCGCGCUCUCCCAGCCCUUGCUUGCCCAAGAACAGAAGACCAGGCCCAGCUAAGGACCCCUCUUCUGGAGGGGGCAUCCCUUCCAGUCUGCAGAGAGGGAGAGAGAGCUGCACAGUGCCCUUCCUGUCCCUGCACAGCAGAAGGGUUUAGGGAGAGGGAGAGGAGGUCAUGGGGACAUUAGGAGAAGGAGACCUGAGCUCACUGCUUUGGAAAUCAUUCUCUUCAACACAAACUUUUUUAAAAAGGGAAGGUCACUUCUCUGUGUCUGGGGAACAAACCCAUCUCCUCCCCAGUUGCCUGGCCCCCGACCGCCAGAGAAGGAGCAAUGACCCAGAUGGUCGGUGCCCAAGGCCCACUACCAACUUCUCCCUUUCCUUGUCUGCCCUGUCCCACUGGUCCGGCUUUCUCACCAGCGAUGGCGCCCCCUGGUGGUCAUUGUGAUCGGGGUCUAGAAAGUUGGAAGCACAAUUUUCCUCCCAGGUGAAGAGAAAGGGAAGGGUCCCUACUGAAGAGGUAAUAAUUUUUUAACCGGUAACAACCUCCACUCUGCUUAAACUCACCGAUCGGUCUGAAGGGCAUUCAGAGCCCAUUCCUGGGUUGUUCAGAGCCCAUUCCUGGGUGGGCAGAACUCAGGUCAGCAGAUGUAAACUUCAAACACAGCACCGGCUCCUCUUUUGAAAUGUGUUUCCUCUGAUGGGGUUCAGACCCUUGACACCAGCCUCCCUUGCAGGAGGUUUUCCCUGGCCUCUCCACUGCCCGAGGUUGCUUUGGAAUGGGCCUCUGAGUCGUGGCAUGAAGGGAGGGGAGGAAGGGGGUGUGGGCAGCCAGCGAUCUACAGACGAGCCUGUGCCUUGAGCACAGUAGAACCAGCCCUGAAGGCCUGCAACCUCCUUAGCCGGAAACGCAGGGCUCAUUGUCAGGAAAUUAAUGUUGAACCACCAAAUGGGACAUUCUUUUUUUGAAAAUAAUCAAGGUAUUACCCCCCCACCCCACCUCCACCCACCCCCACCCCUGUCCCCGAUGUUACUUCAGUUGUUUUCCCUUAUUAUCUUUUAGCUGCAUGUGUAUUUAUUUAUAAUUAUAACCCUGGUGGACUGCAACCUUCAUCUUUGUUGAGAAUGAGUUUGUUAGGAGUCAUGACUGCCCCUUGUUUUCUGAGCCCAGUCUGCCACGCAGAGGGGUGAUGCUGAGGGCAAGGAGCCCCCAGAACGCUGCAGGGGCACAGAGCCCCAUGCAUCUGCAUCUCGGGUCUCUUCUAACUUAACCGUAUUUAAUUUGUCUCAAAAUUAAACAUCAAAUAUGGUUUUUAACAGUC